AUGAGAGCCAGGUACAAGGGUCCGGGGGGCACCGGUGUCGUCUCCCUCGAAGAUACCGCCACCGUUGGCGACCUUUUCAAAGAGAUCAAGGACAAGACGGGAAUCGCAGACUUCAGCCUCAAAUACGGCUGGCCUCUCCAAACCCUGACCCUCGAACAUAAGGACGCCAACGCCAAGGACCUGGGUCUCAACGGACAGUCUUUCAGCAUUGAGCCAGCUCAGCCCCGGGCCAUUACCCCUCCACCUGCUGCUCCUCCCACCGCCUCGCGGGGUCCGGAAGCCGGCGGUCCGGCGGCCAAAAGGGCUCGCCUCGACUCAGAUGCCGAAGCGACCCCAUCCGAGAUCAGCAUCCCCUGGCCGGAGCUCCUUCGCGUCAUGCCUGAUGACAACAGCUGCCUUUUCACAGCCUUCGGCGGCGCCAUACCGGGCAAGCAGCUCGAGGCCAAGGAGCUCCGCAAGAUGGUCGCAGACUACAUCCGCCAGCACCCCGACGACUACCCUGAGGCGGUCCUCGACAUGCCGGUGGAGAAGUACAUCCGCACAAUUCAGGACCCGGAGCGCUGGGGCGGCGCCAUCGAGUUGGGCAUUUUCUCAGACCUCUUCGACCUCGAGGUCGUCGCCUUUGACGUGAAGUCUCAGAACCCGCUCCGCUUCGGCGAGAAUAAGGACUCGCGCUGCAUUCUUGUUUACUCGGGCAUCCACUACGACCGCAUCGCCUGCAGCCCCUCGGAGCCGCCCUACACCCACUCCGACCUGCCCCCCGAACUCGACCGCACCAACUGGAGCACCUCGGACGACGAGAUCCUCGACAAGACGCGGGCGCUCAUCCGCAAGCUGCACGAGAUGCACUACUUCACCGACACCUCCGACUUCCUGCUGCGCUGCACCGUCCCCGGUUGCGAUUGGCUCGGCAACGGUCAGAAGGAGGCCAACAAGCACGCCAAAGCGAGUGGUCACUCUGGUUUUAGUGAGAUCAAGGACGAGCCUUCUGGCGGUGGUGGUUCUGCUGCUGCUGCUGCUGGCGCUGCGGCCAGCUUCGGUGACAAUGCCCUUCGCAAAUGCAACGCUCCUGGUUGUGACUGGCUGGGCACUAGUCUCGCCGAGGCCAGCGUUCACACGAGCGAGACGGGACACACCUCGAUGACUGAGAUUCCCGACUUUUGA